AUGAUAGAACCUCUUCAGGAUGCCUAUGUCGAUUACUUGGGAGGCUUGUUACUCCAGAGCGAUAUUGACUUGUCCAUUGUAAGGGAAACGCUUGCUUUACUGGGAUUUGAUGAAAAUACUAUAGGUGAUAUACUGGGUGAGAAUCUUCACAGAUGUUCAACCAGUUCUUCCUCAUUUUCUUCAGAAUCCAAUCGACGAAGUUUAAGUCAAUCUUUGACGAUAGACUCAUGUGAACCUGUGUUAACAGAAGAGAGAAAAAAAGAGAGAGGUUCUAUGCGGCAGCAACAUCAGCAGCAGCGAGAACAACGCAUAUCACAUGAAGUACUUAUUGAAGAAGAGUACGAGGAACCACAUCCUUGCAGUGUCCCUACUCUCUCUUCAUCACCCAUAAGUGGAGAUACAGAAUCGCCAUCAUGCGAACUACACUCACCAUAUCACACGUCUAGUUCAGUGAAUUCUGAAGAGAAAAGAUUACUAGUUUCUUCCAGGGGUUUAUGUUGGGAGGCAAUCACAACACCUGAACGACGUUCUCGUUACCGUGAACUCCUGCAUGCAUUGGAGGAACUCCUCGGUGUCGUUUGGGGUCCAAUUCCUGGGAAUAACAAUAGCGUUGAUGGAAUACCUUUGGAAGUUCGAAGUUUCGUGUGCCGAAACCGACUGCAAAAGAUUUUACAAAAAAGAAAUAAAAUGGAAAAUACAUUCCCACUCCAACCGAAGCAUGAACGGAAGGUGCUACGACCGUCGCUUCCUGUCUUCUCACAGAAAGCAUCAAAGGUUCGGGUUCAGGUUCAGAGUCGCAAUGGCCACGGGAAUGAUGAUAUUAUGCAUUUAAGGACCCAUAAACCUCCCAGGUGUUUCCGGAGCGAAAGGAGAGCGUGCGUCACUGACCACCAACGGCAAUGUGAAUUGUGUAUGAGUCUUGAGUACGGAUCCCUCUUUCGUCAGUCUAAAAGACAUCCACUGCAACUGCAAGAUACACCUGCAGCAGUGGGUAAUGCAUGUGGUGUAAAGAUGCAGCCACGUGCUGUGAAUUGUGUGGGAACUGGGCGAAUUAAUAGAAAGGCUCUUGUAACAACCCUACCACAACGCGAAGAUCGUGUUAAAAUGGCACUUGCUUACCGUGAUGAAUGGAACGCUGUCAGUUUCUUAACUGAGCGCGAAAAUGUGCCAUGGUGGACGAACCGCACUUAA